AUGUCGUUUGAAGCGAGUUUUCCAGAUGAGAUAAUUCUUGAAAUAUGUCGUUAUUUGCAUCCGAUCGAUAUUCUUCUAUCAUUCGGUAAACUCAAUAAUCGAUUAAAUCAAACGAUUAGUGAUUUUAUUCGUCAUGUACAUUUAUCAUCGAUUAUUUCACAUGAAAAUUAUCUUCAUUUACUUCGUUUUACUCUUCCAGCAAUUUGGUCAUCCAUAGAAUCAUUGACAAUUAGUAAUUGUGAAGUACCUUGUUUGACAAAAUUAUUUUUGGAUAAUACAGAAAAUAAUUUACCACCGAAUUUAAAAAAGCUAUGUUUAUUUCAUUUAAAUACAAAUGAAAUUUAUAAAUUUAUUACUCGAUCGAUGAGUAACACAAUGAUUGAAGAAUUAAUUAUUGAAUGUUCGGAUACAGACAACGCUAAACAACAAGAAUUAUAUGGAUUUAAAAUAGCCCAAAUGUUGUUUUAUCAUCAUCCAACAUUAAAAUCGAUUGAAUUAAGUGGUGAAAUUGUAUUUGAUUUAAGUCAUUUAUCAUUUUUAUCAUUAUCGAGUAGCAACGAUUCAAAUUCGAUGAGCAUUGUGGAUGUUGGUGGUUCGUCUAUUCUUCGUCGAUUAACAAUUCCUCUUCAAUCGUUAAGUAGUUUACAUUUACUUCUUAUCUAUCAACCGGAUCUUGAAUAUUUACACGUACAUAUUGGUGAUGCUAAAUCAACUUUUGAUUAUACAAUAACGCCAUUUUCGCCAUUAGUAAAUCUCCGAGAAUUUCAUUUACGGUCAGAUGAUUUGUCAAUUAAAUUUAAAAAUAUCGUUGAACUAUUAAGCUAUUUUCCAAAUUUAAAAGCUUUAUCACUCAAUUUAACAACGGAAUGUCGUACAUUUUUUGAUGGAAUUGUAUUGCAAACACUUGUUCAUAAACUUGAUUCCUUUGAAUUUUCGAUCGCACGGUUUUCUCCGCCAACUUGUGAGGAACAAACAUUAUCAACAUUUUAUAUGCCAUUCUGGCUGGAAACGAAAAAAUGGUAUACGCAAUCUUAUUGGAACAUUGAUGAAGACAAUGCCGAUGCGGAUUAUUUUCAUAUUUAUUCAGUACCAUUUCCAUUUUCAAAUUUUGAUGUUUAUAAAUGUUCACAUGAGAAUGUAGUAUCAAAUGAGAAAUUAAAGCCAUUUAAAAAUGUUACACGUUUGGAUUUAAGUGAAACAAGUGAUGUUAAUAUAAUACCAUUUUUAAAGCGUUGUCCUAAUGUUCAUACAAUUUGUUUAAACGAUAUUUAUGACGACGAGGAAAACUAUGGAACUGAUGAAGAAGAAGAUAUUACUGAUCAAAAUGAUGAAAAUACUUCAAUUAAUGAUGUUCAAUCGAUGCCAUCAUAUCAAUUACCAUUGCCUAGAUUGUAUAAUGUACGUUAUAUAAUAUUACUUGCUCUUCCUGAACAAGAUCUGGACUUUUUCGAACGUCUUGUACACGUCUCACCGAAUCUUACACGUUUAAGUGUAUUUUUCGAUGAUCUACUUGAAAUAAUUGAUUUACCUAAAAAAAAUUUAUGUCAACUGCUUCAAAAGUGCAUCGAUCAACUAGAAAUAAAUCUUGAUUAUUCAUGGUCCACAUCAGAUGUUCACCGUGACAUUCCAAAAAUUCUUCGUAUUUUUUCAAAUAUUAAAUCAUUAAAAAUAGCACUUCAUUCGUCACAGAAACGUUCGUCUAUGAUAAUUCAAGAAAUUUUAAUUCAACUACUGAAACAUAACAGAAAUCUUACUUCAAUUACGAUUGAUGGUGAUUUAUUAACAGGUUUUGAGCAGAUAUUAAAAGACGGUGGUGUUGAUCUGAUUAAAACAUGGCUAAUUGAAUCGAAUCAUUGCCGAGUUCAAUAUAAAUAUUAUUUGAAAAACUGUAUUCAUAUUGAAUUGAACUCUUCGUCAAUUGCAAUUCUUUUAUAA